AUGACAUCCACAGGACUUUACAGCAGCCCUCGAGCGGUGGUCGACUUUCACUUGCUGGAGGUAUACGAGGACAAACUUCUGGAGAAUUUGGACCACUUGAGAACCCCCUUGUCCGUCUCCCCCUCUUCACUCCAAGUGCUUCUACCUCAUGGGUUGAGCCCUGAACCAAAGCAAGAGAUGCACGAAGACGAUUACUCCAAUGAGCUACCCCCCGCAUUGCGUUGUCUGAGCGUCUCGACUCGUUCCUCGGCCGCUUCGGCUACCUUGGACGAGUCCUGUGAUUCCAGCUCGGUAUCUUCCGUCUCCUUGGACGAUUUCCCAUUGGAUUUCGAUGACACAUCAGACAGGGGAACAACAGCAACGGCAGCGUUGAGUGGAAGGCCACAGAGAAGUAUCUUUGGGAGCUAUUGGGAGAAUAAGGGGGGAAGACCAAGACAGACACAGCCUCUGCUAUCGACGUGCCAAGAAGGUCGUCCCACUACAACGAGUGCUCCGCGCUCAGAGGCUAACAAGGAUCUUGUCCCCGGGGAGGUGGACAGUUACGAGAGGCUUCUGGAGAGGAAUGAAGCUCCCGUAAGGAGGAAUGCUGGGAGCCCUGAUAGGGCUGCCGCUGCGGCAACCAAAGGUUCAAGGAGGCGUCUUUGGGAGAACCACUACGUCUCGCAGCAUCAGUCAGAGUCUGCCUUGUGCGAAGUCGCAGCCAUGCUUGGACCCCCAGAGACACUCCGCAAGGCGCACUCCACUCCGGUGGUCGGGCGAAAGCCUACCACUACUGAAGCCACUGGCAAGAGGGCCUCUUGUCUGAGGCAGUGCCGCUUCUCCGGCAGCUCUCGAAGAACAUCAUUGCUUUCUACAUCAUCCCACUCUCAAAAUCUCAAUGACAGUCGUCGCUCCAGCGAGACCACCGUCGUCUCCUUUAGUGACCACGUCGAAGUCAAAUACCUCCAGACCAACACGGAAAAGUUUGCCGCUCCAGGUUGGUCCAAGUACUUUUUUUAA